UAAUAGCUUGGGCCGUGGCGUCGUGAUUAGGAGGGCUAUAAGCGCUGUGGAAUGUUUAUAGUACUUAUUAAAAUCUUCAAUUAUUCCUCAGAUUUCUUCCUUAAGUGUAGCUAUUUAUUGAGCUAUGUACAGCGAGUAAAGCUAAUGUCUUGAAAUGAAAAUGACUGAAUCUCAAAUACCAGAUCAUCGGCGGUACUGGGAGUCCCUAGAUUUUACUAUAACCAAGACUGUUAUAGAGGAAGGUGACACUUCUUCUUGGAAACCAAGAAUUGGCGCGUCUGGAUCGAUUUCCUUUUCUCUUCUUAAUCUGACAGGAAUAGUGGAGGAUCAGUUAUGCAAUGAUGUUUUGCUGAGUAAAUACUUUUCAUCUUCCCCUUGUGAGUUCUUGAUUGGAUCAGCCGAGACAGAAGUUGACAGACAGCUGGAGAAAUGUAUUCAGUCCUGCUACCCUGGGCAGAUAGCACAGUUUAAUAUGAGGGUUUUACUAGAGCCAGAGUAUAACGGAGCAGGGAGAGGAGGGUUGGAUGUUGUGGAACCAGACUGGAUUUCAUUAGAAUUUAAGCUAAACCUUGAAACCUUACUCAAUGCUCAACCAGUAUAUAAGUGGUUUAACGAGACUAAACUUACUAAGGCCCGUGAAAUGCAUAGUUCUGGUGUCCGAUUAUUCAAGGAGAAACGAUAUCUGGAUUCAUUCCAUAUGUUUACACAGGCCUACAAGCUGGCGGUUCUAGCACGAGGGAUACCAGAGGAUAAUUAUGCUCAGAGUAAAGAAGCUGAGGAUCUACAGAAUCUAUGUUAUAAUAAUCUAGGUGCUUGUCAUUUCCAGUGGAAAAAUUUUAGUAAUGUUGUUGAACUCUCAGGACUUGUUCUUCAAUCCCAACCUAGCAACGUAAAAACUCUAUACAGAAGAGGAGUUUCGUAUCUGAGUAUGCAAGAGUUUGAUUUAGCUGAGAAGGAUUUGGUCCAUGCAAGGCAACUAGAACCAAAUAAUAGGGCUGUUCAUGAGAAACUGGGUCUGGUGCAACAAAGGAAAAAGUCAGCAGAGCUUAAACUUGGUUCAAGAAUUAGUAAAAUGUUUUCAUCAUAAAGAAAUAAGAUAUUUGUGCCAUGCUUUAAAGUUUAGUUCUGUGAAUAUUUGUAUUUUAAUUUUUUAAUUUUUUUUUGCCGAUUCAUUCAAGUUAAACAGUUUGCAAUUUUUUGUUCAAUUAACUUUCUUAGUCAUUGCAAUUUAUCAUAUUUCCCCUGUUCUUCAGAAAUUUUCCAUUCAAAUUAUAUUUUUGUUCAAUUUUCUUAUCUUUAUAAUUGUAACCUAAAUAAUGAAACAGAUUUCCACAAAUAUUGAGAUAAGAUUUAUAAACUAUUUUCAGA